GGAAGAUGCUGAGUGGGAUAUUCACCUUCCCGAGUUCCAGGAGCCUCCACGGCGUCCUGGAGGAGGCACUGGGCGGUGAGGGUGCAGAGGAGUGGGGGGCGGGCCCCGCAGAAUGCGGUGUCAGUGUGCGGCUAGCGCCACAGGCAUGACCGGCGGGGCGCAGGGGAGGCCGUGAGCAUGGCUCUCAAACUGGAGGACGCCUCAGAAUCACUUGAAGGGCUUGCAAGAAUGCGGACUGCUGGGCCCCACCUUCAUCGUUUUAAUGCAGGAAAAACCGAAUAGCCUCGGUGGGACGGAGAACCUUCAUUUUCUCGAAUUCCCAGAUGAGACUGAAGCUGCUGAUCCGGGCACUACCCUUAGAAAACCGCCGGUCUCGAGUGCGGAAAUGGGGCCCAGAUCUGGCCUGGGGCGCCCCAACAUAGAUUCUCUGCAAACAGAGGAUGAGCAGAUAGGGAGAUGAGACAGGGAGCGCCGGUAGAGAGGGGCCCCCGGCCGCCGGCUGAAGGAGGACGGCAAAGGCGGCGGUCCGGGGACUACAUCUCCCAGCGAGCCCCGCGCGGCUCGCGCUCGCCCCCCCUGGCGGCGCCGGCGGGAGGCGCCGGCGGAGCGCGGGUCUCUCUCCUGAGCGUCAGUGAGCGCCAGAAGCCGCGGCGGCUGCGGGCUGCGGGCUGCGGCGGCGCUGAGCCAGCGGGACCGCUCAAGAGGGCCAGCAGUGAGGACACGCUCAACAAGCCAGGAAGUACCACUGCAUCGGGGGUGGCUUGCCUGAAGAAGACCGCCACUGCCGGAGCCAUCUCGGAGCUCGCCGAGAGCCGCCUGAGGAGCGGCACAGGGUUCAGACCCCGCUUCUGCUGUCUGGUGUGCGGCCUCGGGCAAGGCUCUGAGCCCCAACUGCAAAAUGGGCAGCAACAAGAGCAUGUGCUCCAUCAGCUGCCCUCAGCGCUGUGGGCCCUGGUCAUCCUCCCAGCGAUACUGAGGGAGAUGCUCUGGGACCCCAUUCGUCAGGAGGGGACACCGAGUUGAAGAGAGAUGAGGCCACAGCCUGCGCCUCCAUUUCCCCAUCUGCAAAAUGUGGAGGUCGGGUAAGAAGAGGAGACCCCUGAGUGUGCUCCCAGUCUUCACAGUCUCUGUCUCUGUCCUGAGAGUUAUGUGGCGGAAACUCUGGGCAUCAGGCAGGGCAGGGGGAGGCAGUGGGGAGAGAGGUUGAAGGAAGGCUUCCUCACAGUGGACUGCUCUGCCUCCACCGGCCUCCUGAGGCUGCUGGAGGCUCACGGAUGAAGGGAAGCAGGGCCUGGACUCCCAGCCGGGGCUCUGCCCUAAGUGAUAAGAGGAAAACGGGAGAGAAGGCGUGUGGCAGUGAGAAAGGCCAACUGGCGCUCAGUGCUGCCCCAUGCAGGAACCUGGGGUCACGGCUCAGCCUCCCCAGAGGGGCUGUUCCAUUCCAGGAGCUGUGGCUCAUGGUGGAGUGGGAACGCCCCGGCUCUGCCCAGAACACCUGUGUCAGAUGUGUUCCCAGUGCUGCCACCGUGGCAGUGCCACCAUGGCCUAAUCAUCUGCUCCCAGUCACCGGCAGAUGUCAGGCCCAUGAAGGUCACAUUUUAAAAAGGGAGAGACAGGCGAGGCACAGUGGCUCAUGCCUGUAAUCGCAACACUUAGGGAAGGGCCAAGCAGGAGG